UUCAUUGACAGACGAGUUUCGACUGGCCAGAGAACGGUCGGUAAAUAGUGCUCUUAUUAGUUCGCGCCGGUUAACACUUGUUCAAUUCUUAUUGUGAAAGCAGUAUACUGUAAAUAUGGGCGGAAAAGUUGAGAAUGUAGGCAUACUCGCCAUGGAACUUUAUUUCCCGUCGCAAUACGUUGAUCAGACUGAACUAGAAAAAUUUGAUGAGGUGUCUACUGGCAAGUACACUAUUGGUUUGGGCCAGAGUAAAAUGUGUUUCUGUUCUGAUCGUGAAGACAUCAAUUCCAUUUGUCUCACAGCCUUGCACAGACUAAUUGACAAACAAAAGAUCAACUUGCAUGAUAUUGGACGCUUGGAGGUGGGCACAGAAACUAUCAUUGAUAAAAGUAAGAGUGUUAAGACAUUUUUGAUGACAUUGUUUGCUAAAGAAGGCGCUACUGACAUAGAAGGAAUAGAUACAACUAAUGCCUGUUAUGGUGGUACUGCUGCUCUAUUUAAUGCCAUAAAUUGGGUAGAAUCUUCAUCCUGGGAUGGUAGGAAGGCCAUAGUUGUUGCUGGUGAUAUUGCUGUCUAUGGAAAGGGCCCUGCGAGACCUACAGGUGGUGCUGGUGCUGUUGCUAUGUUGAUAGGGCCUGAUGCACCCCUUGUGUUUGAUUGUGGAGUGCGGGCCUCAUACAUGACACAUGCAUAUGACUUUUACAAGCCAGAUUUAUCAUCAGAGUUUCCUUAUGUAGAUGGGAAACUAUCCAUACAGUGUUACCUCAAUGCUUUAGAUAAUUGUUAUAAUUUGUUUAGUAAAAAAAUGAGAAAGACUGAUCCUAACUUCAAAGGUUUGCUUAGUUUAGACGGUAUGUUAUUCCACUCUCCGUACUGUAAACUUGUUCAGAAAUCAUUAGCAAGAGUGUGCUUCAAUGAUUUUCUGAAUAUACCUGCUGAGGAACGUGAGAAACAAUUUCCUGGGCUCUCCGAGUUUAGUAAUCAUAAAUUAGAAGAUACUUACUUUGAUAGGGAAGUUGAAAAAGCAUUUAUGACAUAUAGCUUAAGUUUAUUUGAGGAGAAAACAAAACCUUCUCUUCAUAUUGCACGUAAUGUUGGUAAUAUGUACACACCAUCAUUAUACGGAGGUCUUGUGUCUUAUUUGAUAAGCAAAUCUCCAGAUCAGUUAAUUGGGAAGAAGUUUGCUUUGUUUUCAUACGGCUCAGGAUUGGCAUCGACAAUGUAUUCCAUAAAUGUCUGUCAUGAUAUGAGUACUGGAUCAAAGUUAGAAAAGCUUAUCUCCUCGUUGCAUGAAACAGUUGCUUUACUGGAUAAAAGGCAGAGUGUGGAACCCAGUAAGUUUUCAGACAUAAUGGAUGUUAGAACUAAAAACUAUCAUUCCGCACCGUAUGAGCCUACUGGUUCUUUAGAUGUCCUGUUUCCAGGAACAUAUUACCUAGUGAAAAUAGAUGAUCAGAGAAGGCGUACUUAUGAUAGGAAACAUUAAUUACUUCUUAGUGAAAAUUUUUGGUGUAGGCCGUCUUUUAGUAUGAAAAGCAAUUAUUAUCAUAAAUCAUAAAAAAACAAGUGCUUAGUCUUUGUUCAAAGUUUAUGUUUGUUAUCUAUUAGUGUUAAUUAUCUAUUGGUGUUUGUAACCCAUUUUGUAUUUUUAAGUCAGAUAAAUAAACAGUAUGUAAACAUGCAAUAAAUUGUGAAGUAUUAGUAUAAUUAUCUUCGUGAACAGAAAGCAAUUUAAACAUCCUAAACUUAAUUAAUCAGAACUUUAAUUUUAGAUUGCUGUUGAGAUGUGCUUACAUUAUAUUAAUGUUUAAAAUUUUCAAACAGAAUAAACUAUUCAGGUGAAACCUAAGAAUAAAUUCAAAGUAAAUUAGGUUUUUAAGUGUAAUGCUUAUAGAAAAGUAAUGUGUUUCUCAUUAAUAAUUUGUUGAAUUAAAUACACACACAAACAUUUUAUGUUUGAAAAUGUAUUUUUGUGAACAUUAACAAAACAGGUAAAUUGUUAAUGAAUUGAGUAUGAUUUGAAACAGCUUAUAUGAUUGAAAUGUGUGUGAAUAAAAUUCACUAAUAUAUUAUUUAAAUUUCUGGAAAUAAAAG